AUGACAGCCGAAGAGGAAGCAGCGAAACCGGAAGAAUCCGCCGGUGCCAAGAAGAAGGCAGCCAAGAAAGCCGCUGCCAAGGCCAAGAAAGCCGCCAUGAAGGAAGCGGCUGCUACUGGCGGUGGACCUCCUGCUGACGCGAACAAUAAGGCGGCUGCCAAUCCCAACAAAGGAGGAGGAGGCCCUGCCGCUCGUACCGUCCCUGUCGCCGAGAGUUUCCAGAUUGUCAUUAAUCCCAAUCAACCCAUGAAGGAACGUCCCGUAGUUGCUUUGGCCGCCGCCGUCUUGACCAACACAUUUUCGAAUUACGAGUUGGUCAGUGACCAUCGUUCCAAGCAGACAGCAUUGGGUCUUCCCAAUGGAGGAGCCGUUGUGGGAGAUUUCGCCAUUGCUCGGUAUGUGGUUAGCACAGCCAAGCAGCCUUCCACGUUGUUCCCAGAAUCCAAAGAGGAAGCUGCUGUAGUCGAUGCUUGGAUCAACUACGCGCAGUCUCUGCAACUCCUCGAUAUCGACAAGAGAGCCAAAGCCAUUGCUUCCACUCUCACAAAGUCUCUGGAUAACGCCACUUACGCCGCCGGGUAUACCCUCACAAUUGCGGAUUUGGCUCUGUAUGCUGUGCUGGGAUGUCCCGCUGCUGUCGAUUCGGAGGAUGUCGAACAGUACUUUCCACCAGAAGCUACCCCCGCCAAGCGAUGGCUGCGAAUGAUGAAAAAUUCUCUCCCUGUCAAAGAGGCCUUCCAGAUGGCCAUGGGUGUGGCUGGCGGUGAAGCUGUCUUUGACGAUAGUGGGGCUCUCGAGCCCUUGGUGUCCGGCAUGAAUCUCCUCGAGGGUGCCAUUCCAGGCCGAGUGGUCACUCGUUUCCCUCCAGAACCCAGUGGAUAUCUACACAUUGGGCAUGCCAAGGCUGUCUUGUUGAAUGAUUACUAUGCUCGGAGGUACAAUGGUCGUCUCAUUGUCCGAUUUGAUGACACCAAUCCAUCCAAAGAAAAGGAAGAAUAUCAACAAUCUAUUGUGCAGGAUCUCGCACUCUUGGGCGUACAGCCGGAUUUGGUCACCUACACGUCCGAUUACUUUGGAGCUAUUUAUGAAUGCGCCGUGUCCAUGAUCCAACAGGGACUCGCAUACAUGGAUGACACGCCCCAGGAGCAAAUGAAAACGGAACGGGCGGAACGAAAAGAUUCGGCUAGACGAGCGCAAUCGAUCGAAGAGAACAUGGAGUGCUUCAAACUCAUGUGCAGUGGCAGCGAAGAAGGAUCCAAGUGGUGUCUUCGAGCCAAAAUCGCAAUGCAGAGCGACAACGGUACCAUGCGCGAUCCAGUGUUGUUUAGACAAAACACGGAGCCCCACCACCGCACGGGAACGACGUACAAGGCGUAUCCUACUUAUGACUUGGCAUGUCCUAUUGUGGACUCUUUGGAAGGGGUCAGUCAUGCCCUUCGUACAACAGAGUACAAUGAUCGGGACGAACAGUACCGCUGGAUUCAGAAUGCCUUGAAUUUGCGCACCACUCGCAUUCAUGCAUUCAGCCGCGUCAACUUCACCAACACGGUCCUGAGCAAGCGCAAAUUGGCAUGGUUCGUUGACAAUGGAUAUGUCACUGGCUGGGAUGACCCUCGGUUCCCCACUGUUCGUGGUGUGGUGCGCAGAGGAAUUGACACACAAGCCUUAAGAGGCUUCAUGUAUGCACAAGGUGCUUCGCGUCGAGUGGUGAACAUGGUCUGGCACAAGUUUUGGGCAGAGAACAAAAAGGAGAUCGACAAGAGAGCCAAACGCUUUAUGGCCAUUGAUGCGGAAAAGCAUACAAUCUUACGUAUCACCGGUGGGCCUAAAGAGGAAGAUUUUGCCUUCGCCGAGACCAGCGUCCACCCCAAAGAUCCAAGCCUCGGAAACAGGCUCAUUCGACUCUCUGACACGGUUCUCCUUGAGAACGCUGAUGUUGAAGGCGUACAAGUCGACGAAACCAUCGUUCUGCUUCGGUGGGGUGUUGUCAAGAUUACAAAAGUGGGCGACGAACUCGAGGAGCAUGACAACCUUAUCACGAAAGAGAAGCUGGAAGAGACUGACAAAUUCGAGGACUACAUAAAUCCCAAUACCGAGGCAGUCACAGAGGUAGUGGGUGAUGCGGCCCUGAAGUCGGUUCUUCACAACGAGAUCAUCCAGCUCGAGCGCCGUGGCUAUUACCGCGUGGAUAGGCCCUACAUCAGCCGAGACAAGCCUCUCGUACUUUUUAUGGUCCCUGAUGGAAAGAGUAAGGCGAUGUCGGGACUUGCAGGCAAGCUGGCGCAUCGUUAA